AUGAAAUUUCAAUGGCUACUUUCAAUCUUUAGCCUGCUUGGGCUGCCGGCUGCGCGAGGGUGGCCUGUUAUUCCGGUAUCUUCAACAGGUCCAAAUCCAUCGACCGUAGUACUGGGCGCGUCGACGAUAUCAGCGGCGGCGUCUUUGACAUGGACUGAGAACGUAUCGACCAAUUCCACAUUGCAUAAAUUUUUCUCCUUCAAUGGCUCCACGAAGGCAACCAACGUCAAUGGGCCGGUCACCGUACUCAAGACAAUUGAACUCAUACCCCGGCCAUUACUCAGUGAUUCAUCUGCGGGAGCUAGAGAACCUGCGAAAAAUCUAACCCGCGAUGGUUCACCUUUAGCUACCAUUGCCCAGCAAGCAACAGUGCCCACAGUUUCGCCGCCAGCCAAGCCAAGAAGCUCUUCCGAGCCUAGCAUUUCAUCGAGUCCCCAGGGAGCGGGUCUGCAACUAGUUGGUCAAUCGGUCAAGCGCUCCAUGCUCCAACCAAUAAUCGUGGGAGGGAUCACCUAUGCCCCAGUCCAUGCGCAUCACACGCGCAGCAGUGCUGGCAUUUGGCAAGGAAAAUCCCGGGCCAGCCUGGCAAACUCUGAGACUGUAGAAUGGCAUGGGUAUUAUGCAAAACAUGACUCGGAGCCGAAUGGGCUUGACCACGAAAAUCUGAAGUCCGUGCAAGGGCAAGGAGGCUUACCGCCUGUUGUCGUAGGAGGCCUGACGUACAGACCAGUAGGCGAAGAACUUGAAUCCGGACGGCAGACUCCAGCACCCGUGAAUGUUGCAGGGUCGGCAACAGAGACAGCAAAGCCAGCGGCCAACCCUUUAGUAGAGGGUGGAACGAUGUCCCGCCUAGAGCAGUCGGAACCAACGGCAGCAAAAUCUCCGUAUCCUGCGAGUCCCGGUGGCUCGAGCCGUGUAUCGAUGCAGUCUCAAAUCCCUCCCUCGCCACCAGGAAGCUCGAUUCUCGUACUGGGCUCGCAAACUUUGACAGCCGUCCCAGGAAGUAGCGGCUUCAUUCUCGGUAGCGGCUCCCUGCUUCCUGGCUCUCCCGCAAUCACCGUCGACGGCACUGCAGAUUCCCUCGAUCCGUCUGCAACUCUUAACGUGGGGAACUCCACCGUCAUCCUCGCCGCCUCCGGCGCUCUUACCAUAGCAAACGAGACCUUCGUACCCCUUGGCAGCACAGCGAUUUCCGUAAAAGGCACCACCCUUUCCAUAUCAGGGCCCGCCAUGACGAACCAGGGCACCCUUCUCUCUCUCGCCCCCAGCGGGCUCGUCGUCGACGCAUCCACAUUCCCCUUCGCAACCCCCACUCCAACCGCAGCAGUGACAACCACCAACCAGGCUUCCGCCCCACCACCCCCCUUCGCGAUCUCCGGCCACUCAAUAAUACCAGCAUCUCCAUCAACCUUCACCAUAGCCGGCGAAACAUUCACCGCCUACCCCGGCGGCCUGGCCAUCGACGGCACCGAAGUGUUCCAAGGCAGCACCGCCAUCACCGUCUCCGGCACGGCCAUAUCGCUCGGCAGCUCCGACCUCGUGGUCGGGACGAGCACUGUACCGUUCGCGUCGGUCACCGGGUUGGGGCCGGCGCUUGCGUCGGGAUUGGACACUGUUGCGGGUGCGUCGGGGGGUGGGGUGGGGCCCGAUGCGACGAGCACGUCGGCGAAGGGGUCGCAUCGGUCAGCUGCUGGGCAGUUGAAGAUGAGGAAUCUUACGGCGAUGGUGUGGCUUGCGAUUGUAGCGCUGAUCACUUCGGUGGUGUGA